GGGAGGAGCAGACUACAAAAAUAUGCAAAACCUAUGUAAAAGUCAUGCCAUGUCAUUUAUUUGCCUAUCCAGCACUGACGCAAACCUAGACAGAACUUGUGCAAAACUAUUCCAGACAUAGUUAAAAAUUGGGCUAAUCUUGUUAUUAAAAUACCCAAAACCCAGUUAUAGUUUAAACUUCGUCUAAUGGUCUAGACGCAAUAGGCCUCCAGGGACAAUUCUUAGCUCCGCCCAGGACGCAGCAUCAUUAGCAAAGCCUACUCCUUUUUUCCGAGCAAGACGUGGACUCGCAUAAAUACACUUAGCUUCUUGGUUCAUGCUAAUAGAAUGGAAGAAAGGCCGUGACUAUCUGUGCAUUUUACACGCACAUUUAGUGGAAGGACACAACAGAGACCUUACAAGUUCAUUGAGAGGCCUUUGUGAAAUCAUGAAAACAAUUGCAAGAUUGUUGCUGCUACUACUGCCUCUCCACUAUUGCACUUUAGCUGACAUGGAACUACUUCACAGGGAGAGAAGAGGAACACGCAACUAUAGAGACCACUGUGUAGACUCGGACUCAGCUGCAGUCAGAGAGAUAGGGGAAACUUGGCUACGAUGGAGAGGUCAGAAAGUCGAGUAUUGCCGCUGUGCCUCAAGAGCAAGGGCACGAUGUCACUACAUACCUAUUACUACUUGUUACGUAUCAAGAUGUUACAGUGGUGGCACAUGUAAGGAGGCAGUGUUCUCCAAAGACUUCAUAUGCCUGUGUCUGCCAGGAUUCACUGGACAGCAGUGCGAGAUCAAUUUGAAUGAGAAAUGUGUGAGUGGGCAGGGCUCUGAUUAUCGCGGUACUUGGAGCAUCUCCAGCUCUAGCGCUGAGUGUAUCAAUUGGAACUCAACCUUACUCAGAGGAAAAAAAUUCACAGCCAGGAAACCAGACACAAGAAUCCUUGGACUAGGCAAUCACAACUACUGCAGAAAUCCAGACGGGGACUCUAGACCAUGGUGCUAUGUUUUUAAAAAGUCUCAAAUUGUGUGGGAAUUCUGUUCUAUGCCAAACUGUACAACAGACCCUAUACUAGAGUGUGUACAGGGAUUUGGUCAGUCCUAUAGAGGAACUCAGACCAUCAGUAAAAGCAACUCUAAGUGUCUGCAGUGGGACUCACCUGCAAUCUACCACAAGUUUUACACAGCCUGGAGGCCAGAUGCCAGACAGCUGGGUCUUGGCAGCCACAGCUACUGCAGGAACCCAGACAGUGAUCUUGGUCCCUGGUGUCACAUUUAUAAAGGCUCCCAGCUGACUUGGGAACUCUGUGAUAUCCCCAAAUGCUCAAGGAAACCAUCUACCAUCACAACCCUUGGACCAAGAGCCCCUACAACCCCCAUCAGAGGAACCUCCUGUGGUCAGCGUUCUGAAAUGCCUUCUAGUUCAAUAUUCAGAAUACUUGGAGGUCAGGAUAGUGACAUCAGACAGCAGCCAUGGCAAGUGGCUAUCACUGUGUACUUGCCACGCACCAAAUCACACAACUUUCUGUGUGGAGGAGUCCUGAUUGACUCUUGCUGGGUCCUCUCUGCAGCACACUGCUUCCAGGAGGGAUUUGUGGAAAAUCGCCUGCACGUGAUCCUUGGCCGAACCUUCAGGCUCCAGAACUCCAGCAGUGAGCAGACAUUUGAUGUGGAGACAUACUGGAUCCAUGAACAAUACAACGAUGCGAAUUAUGAUAAUGACAUAGCUCUGCUAAAGUUGAAGAGUAAAACUGGCAUCUGUGCUGUAAAUUCUCCAGAGGUGCUGCCUGUUUGUUUACCAAAACCUGGCAUAGUUCUCCCAGAUUGGAUGGAAUGUGAGAUUUCUGGUUAUGGCAAAGACAAAGAAUUCUCUCCAUUCUAUUCUGAGCGAAUAAAACAGGGUCAUGUGCGCCUCUGGCCCCAGGAGCAGUGUGUGCCAGAGAAGCUCUCUGGGCGUGAAAUCACGCUGAACAUGCUGUGUGCUGGAGACACACGUGGCCUGGACGAUGCCUGCAAGGGUGACUCAGGUGGUCCUCUGGUUUGUGAAAAGGACAGACAGAUGACCCUCAUAGGUUUGAUCAGCUGGGGGGAUGGAUGUGGAAAGAAAGACAUGCCAGGUGUUUACACACGCAUUACAAAGUACACAACCUGGAUUUCCAGCAAGAUGAGAUCAAACUAAUGCACAAACCCCAAGAUCCAUUUGCUAAAAGUGGACUAAUUUGAAAUAGUCUCAGUUAUGCUGACAUUAGUACUGUUGCAUAUACAUGUUUCAUGUAAAAGCAUGGUCUAACUGGAUUCUCAAAGGGGAGUUGAUGAAAUGGUUGCUAGGGAAAAGAAGGAAAGUCAUCAAUGAUGAUAAUCCUAGCAAAAUGUAGACACCACUCCAGUUACAAAUUUAUUGUCCACAUUUAUUUCUACAAGACAACCUCAAUACGCUGAAAUGCGAGUAUUGGUGUAAUAUGUACACAAAUUUACACAUAUGCAGAAAUAUAUAUGCAUAUUAUAAUGCUGUCAAAAGUUGAGGUCCAGCCAAUGGAAAUCUACAUUUAAAAAUGUUAAUUAUUAAAAUUUUAAAACUGUAUUCAAGUAUCACAAUAAAUAUAUGUACAGCCCAAUGUGGGUGUAACCGUAGUGCCUAGUUGUCAUUGUCUUUAUCCUGUGAAGACACCCUCUGUCCAUGUUGCAGAUUGUAAAACAGAGGCUGUUCUUGGGUUAUAUUUACUCAAUAUUAGGUAAAUAUGACAACAAUGUUGGGUGAAGAGUACAUAGAUACUGGACAUUGGGCUUUAAAUAUUUCAGAUAUAUUUUCCCAUAUAAAUAUCCUUUUAUUUGCCUUUCUAUUGUAAAAGAAAAAUCCAUUUGUACACAGGUAUCGUAUAGGCUGCCUACUAGCUUUCUAGUAUAUACAGUCCCCUCCAAAAGUAUUUGAACAGCAAGGCCUUUUCCUGUAUGCUGAAAACAUAUGGGUUUGAUAUCAAAAGAUGAAUGUGAAUUUCAGCUUUUAUUUUCUGAUAUUUACAUCUAGAUAGAACAUGGCUCCUUUGUUGCAGACCAUGCAAUUCUCAUUUUCGCAAAAAGGAACAGACUUGGAACACAUAUUCUUAAAGUAAAUUUAAACAUAAAACACUUAAUAUUUGGUUGCAUAUCCCUUGCUUGGUGUAAUUGCAUUGACAUCACCAGACUGUUGCAUUCUUCUUUUAUGAUGCUCUUCCAGGCUUGUACCACAGCUUUUUUUAAAUUGUUGUUUGUUUUGAGCAUUUCUUCCUUCAAUUUCCUCUUCAGGAGGUGAAAUGUAUGCUCAAUGGGAGUAAGAUCUGGUGAUUCAUGUGGCCAGUCUUACACCUUUUUCUUUGUUGUGUUGGCAGUGGGUUUGGGUCAUUGUCUUGCAAGUAUGGGUCUCUGCAGGUCGGAAUAAUGAGCAUGUCAAAAGCUAAGGGGGCAUGUCGAAAAGCUAUUUCAAUUAACCAAGAGCGCUGUCGGUUAAACAUACAGGCAGUCCUUAAGUUAAAUUGCAGUGCUGCAGGGAUGACGUAUUUUUGUAGGCCAACCAGUAAGUUAGCAUCACCCUGGCUCCCUCUACAAAAAACUAUUCCCUUGACAGAGAUUAUUGCAGAAAAUAAGCUCUGUCACCAGCAAAAGUUUAUGAUUCUUACUUUUUUUUUUUUUUAUCAAGAUAAUCUUCACAAAUUAACACAACGUUUAUGAAUCUUGAAGGCUAUAUACAAUCGCCAGAAGUAAAAAGCUAAAGAAAAGAAGCUACAAAAGAAGACUGCCACGGUCGCUUGACUUCAACGUCACCACCACUUGGCUUCCAAUAAAAUUUAUAGCAAUACAAUUUGAAAAAACACUAGAAUUGGAAAAUACUAUAAAUUGAUAUCUAGAAAUUGGAAAGUUU